AUGUCGGACACGGAGAAGGGGAGACCCGCAGAGGGGAGAGCCGCGGAGGGGAGACCCGCGGAGGGAAGAGCCGCGGAGGGAAGACCCGCAGAGGGAAGACCCGCAGAGGGAAGACCCGCAGAGGGGAGACCCGCAGAGGGGAGACCCGCAGAGGGGAGACCCGCAGAGGGUUACCGGAGCCCGGGGCUGAGAGGAGCCAAGACCACGACACUGUUCAGGGCGGUCAACCCUGAACUCUUCAUCAAACCAAAUAAGACGGUGAUGGGACUGGGUCUGCUCAGCAUCACUCUGUGCGUCGGUUACCUUGGUUACAUGCACGCCACGAAGGAGAACCAGCAGCAGCUCUAUGAAGCCAUCGACAGCGAGGGGGAGCGCAGCAUGCGGCGGAAGACCUCGAAAUGGGACUGA